AAAGAAAAUGAACCACAGAGGAAAGAGUUUUCACAUUUUGUCUGGAGUGCUGGACCAGUCGGGAAACCUACGCCAAGAUGCAACGAGUUUUGGCCGUCAUCUUCUUGUUGGCCGUCUUCUUCCAUCAGUCGCAGGCGCAAUGCAAUUCCACGAACUGCGUUGCUCCCGCCUGUAGGUGCAUGUCUACCUCUACACCAGGCAACUUGAGUCCAGCGAACACACCCCAGCUGGUGUUUCUGUCCUUCGAUGGCGCCGUCACGACCACGAAUUACGACAAUUACACCUAUCUACUGAAUAAUCGGAUGAAUCCCAAUGGUUGCCCGAUUGGUAUGACUUUCUUCAUCUACCAAGAGUACAACGACUUCACGCUGACUCACAGUCUCUACCACAAGAGGCAGGAAAUCGCCACCCACAGCAUGUCGCAUCGAACGCCACAAGAACUUUGGGCUGCCAAGUCGGCCAACGAAUGGGUCGAUGAAAUUGGUGGAAUGAAGGACGCUCUUGCCAAAUUCGCUAAUAUCCCGAAGGCACCGAUCCGCGGUUCACGGGCUCCGUUCUUGCAGACCAGCGGAGAUCAAACGUUUUCAGCUAUGAAGACACUCAACAUGUUCUACGAUUCUUCUUUACCAACUACAGAUUUUGUUGACCCUCCAGUUUGGCCUUACACCUUGGAUCAAGGAUUUCAACACGACUGCUUGAUUCCACCGUGCCCGAGUAACAAAUUUCCUGGUAUUUGGACAGUUCCUGUGAUCACUUUGGAGAACGACGGCACUAGAUGCAACACCGUGGAAGCCUGUCCACAGCCAAAGACGUUGGAAGAAACUUACCAGUUUUUGAAGAGAAAUUUCGAACGCCAUUACUUCAGUAGCAAGGCUCCUUUCGGUGUCUAUUUGAACAACAACGGCUGGUUCCAAUCGGCUAAUUUCCGUCUAGAAGGUUACAAGAAGUUCCUUGACUAUUUGUCAAGUAAAGACGACGUUUACAUCGUCCCCUUAGGAAGAGGACUCGAUUGGAUGAAGGAUCCUAAGCCAUUGUCUCAAGUUGCAAACUUCUUCAAUUGCCCUCCUCUGACACAGACGUCUUGUCAGCCGGUUUCGUGUUUUUACGAUGGUGAGGCAUCUGCCAUCGGGCCGCGUAUCAUGAAAAGCUGCGUCCCAUGCCCGGACGUUUACCCUUGGACUGGCAAUCCUCUCGGCAUCGCUUAAUUUUGUUUGUCUGAUCGACACAUCCUUUUUAAUUAGUCGAUGUCGAUCACAUUUACGGUCGCAAUGCACAAAUUAGUUUUUUUUGGUUUUUUUUAGAUUUGAGCUCAAAGAAAAUUUCAAUAUUUUCUGGCGAACAAAUUGAACGCUAUUUGGUUAUCCAUAAUGUAUUAUGUGUAUCUGCGUUUUUAAAUUAGCGAAUUAGACAUGCAACAAAAAAUUUAAACAAA